CCACUGCAACCAUUGUCCAUGCUCGAUCCUUAUCGCAUUAAACAAUUGCAGUUCAUUGUUUACGUUGCAACUUUCGAAGGCUUUCCAAUAAUGAUAAAUUAAUGCAGCCAAAUUACCUACAUCAUUGGUUUUCUAUUAGCUAAUGUGAUGAGAUUUUCUAAAUUUUAAAAUCUAAGUUACCCGAAGAAUAGAAAAUGAAAGCCCAUUAUCUCGCUAUCUCGAUUAGCCCGCGUAUGAUUAUUGGGGGAACUAUCAUAAGUGCACGUACGCCUAAGUGACAGUGAAUUCUGAUGUGAGUCCCAAAGUAAAUAAACAGUGGAUGUGCUAUGAUGAGCGGGAGACGGAGUAGGCCGCGACCUCGGCGCCGGACCGACCAGGACAAGAAGCAGGAGGACUUGCUCAUUGCUUGGAGCGACGAGUUGUGCAAUAGCGAGGAGGUGCCAGAAGUCGAGAUCGUCAGCCUUCUCCAAGAGCACAUUCCCAAGUAUCGGUUGCGAGCGGACAGCCUCACGCAGUUUGGAGGGUACGAGAAUCAAGAUUGGUUCAUACCGUCGCCGGCGCUGCCGGUUAGCUCGCAGGACCUCGAGCUAACGCCUGACCAGAUCAGGGAGACGCUUAAUUACUUUCUUUUAUGCAGCAACAGGGUGAGCCAAAUGACAAAAACCUACAAUGACAUUGAAGCGGUAACAAGGCUCUUAGAAGAAAAAGAGAAAGAUUUGGAGCUGACGGCUCGCAUCGGCAAGGAGCUGCUCUCAGCCAACGGCCGCCUGGAGGCUCGCGUCACAGCGCUAGAGGGGGAGCUGCGGGGGGCGAGGGACCACAUCACACAGCUCAGACAUGACCUCUCCGCCAAGACUGAUCUGCUACAGGUGCUAACAAAUGACACCGAGGAGUCACCCACGGAGGAGCCGGAGGGGGCGACGGCGCUAGCGCUCCGCAAGCGGCAGGGUGCCCUGGAGCGGGAGAACCGGGCGCUGCGCGAGGAGGCCGCGCGCCUCGCCGCCGGCGCCGACUCCGCGGAGCUGGCCGAGAAACAGCUGUUGAGGGACAUUGCUGCGCAGCUCUCGAGCGCGAACUCGGAGGCGAACGCUCUCGGCUCGGAGUUGUUCGAGGAGAGGCAGAGGUCGAAUGAGCUGCAGCACCAGCUGGACAGCACCAACGCGAGGCUAGCGGUCAGCGAGCGUACCCUACAACAGUUGAGGACAGAGCACGAGCACACGCUUCGGAUUUUGGAGAUAACUAAAGAAAACCAAAAUGCACUUGCAGCUGAAUUGGCCGAUGCCAAGGAGCGAUAUGCCGAGGUUGCGGCUCACCUCGCCGAGGCGCAGGAACAACUUCGGGCGCUGCGCAAGCGCGGCGAGGUCACGCGCGGGCUCAUGCCGAGCGUCGCGGCCGCCGCCGGCCUGCUGCCCGCGAGUCUGCACCGCGAGAUGCAUUCCUCCGUGUACUCCGAGCUCAGCCUGGAUUCCGGCAUCGGGGAUCCGAUGGCGCAUUCGAGUAUGCAGAAGGUGUUCGAGACGGUGCAGUGUGCGUCGCGGUGGUCCGGCGGGUCGAUCUCGGGGUCGGACGUAGCGGACAGCUCCGCCCCCGGCCCCGUCCCCUACAAGCCGCCGCCCAAACCGACCUCCACGGACUCGUUCUUCGAGGACACGUCCGAUACGGAAUCGGAGGACCUAUAUCCUGGCGGAUCGGGAGUGGGCGUGCCUGGGGCACCGGGCGCGGCGGAGCUGGCCGCGGCGUUGCGACGCCUCACGCCACAGGAGAUCAACUCGCGCCGCGCCUCGCUCGCCGCCUCGCACGUGCUGCGGCGACGCAGGACAGGUGAAGAUCGCGAUGUGAGCGAGGAGAGCGCGGUGUGGGGCGCGGGCGCGGGCGGCGGGCUCGCGCGGUUCCGUGCGCCGCACAAGCUGCAGAUCGUCAAACCUAUGGAGGGCUCCCUCACGCUGCACACUUGGGCCCAGCUCGCUAAGCCAACCAUGUCAGGCUUACUCGAAGACCAAGAGGGCGUGGGAGUGCGCGGGUCUCGGAGCGCCCAGGCUCUCGGCCUACGCGUGUACCGACUGUCAGACGUGGAGGAGGACGAUGACAUGCCCCGCCUACCGUACUCCAGCCACAUAUACACGUUCACUAACAGCACAGUAUUACAUCCGAACGACGGCAGCCUCGUAGGUAGCAACGUGAGCAGCGUGUGCGGCAGCGGCGUCAGCAGCUUGGCCAGCAGCGUGCUCGGCAGCGCGUGGAGCUCGCGCCGCACCUCGCGCCGCUCCUCCGCCGCCGUGUCGCCCGUGCUCUCCCGGCGCGACUCCCUCGUCGCCCCGCCCUCGCGCCCGCACUUCACGCCCACCGCCACCCCCGCCAACAGCCCGCUGCUCGGCUCGCCCGACUCCUCCCCGCCGCCCACGCCGCGCCCCGGCGACGCCCCGCCCUCGCUCCACGCCCUCAUCGCCAGCGGCACCUCCAUCCUGCGCCGCCGGUACCUCGCCUCGCCCGACUCCGACCCCUCGCCCGCGCCGCUCGCGCUGCAGACGCCCGGCUCGCUCUACAUGGGCCUCGUGCACCGCAGCCCCAUGGAGCAGCUCACGUGCCUCAAGCGGACGCUGCGGUCGCCGGCCGCCGCGCAGCCGGACCGGAGCGGGGCUGCGGCGCCCCUGGGCGUGCCCGCUCACCCCGGCGAGGGCGCCCUGGAUGCGGCGGCGGGUCCGGGGGCCGCGCGCCGGCGGGCGAGGGCGCCGCGACCGCGCACGGACUUGGGCACGGUGGGCGCCACGCCGGUGUCGUCCCCGCCCCCCGACUCCUCGCCCCUCGGCACCCUUAGCACCUUUCUGUUCGGACGAAAAGGCGGUCUGCUGUAGUGGUGAUGCGGCGUAGUAGAGGAGGCUCCUGCGAUCGCUCGGACGCCGCUCGCGAGCCGCGUCACCGAGGCGACACUCGACAGGAGGGAGGCGCGCGAUAGGCUUUAUGAUAUGAUUUCGAUCAUAUUAUGUGAUUUAGUCGUAGAAUCGAACUUUACAGUUACACCUGAGAUACUUAUUCAGUAAUUAUAUGUCUAAUCGAAGAUUUUUGUGUGUUAUGUUUGUGGUCGUGAGGCUUCUAUUUUAUGUAAAUUGACGUGUUGUUAUCGUUUUUGUUUGUAGAUAAUUUUUAGUGAAUUGAUUUCGCAUUUAUAUGACUGACUUUGAUAUCGAUUUAUGUUUACUCGGUGGCCUCCAGACGUCCGCGGCGGGCUCCCCGUGACAUUCCUCUGUGGCCGAUAUGUUUCCACACCGCGAUGAGUGGGGGGCCGCGCCCGGGCACGGCAUGCAUCUUAAAGCAAAACUGCUCAACUAUUAAGACAGUAUUUGUUUUUAUUAGUCAAUUUUUUUAUUGUAAUAUCAUUUUGAGAUAAUUUUUUUGUUUCGUUUCGAAGGGUUGUUAAAUGGCGCUGUUUAUUUUUGGUUGUCGUAUUAUACUUAAUCAAUUUUUUUUAUAUUUCUAAUACCGACGUUAGUGAUCGAUAUAAUUAACGAUUCAUUAUUAAUCACGCUUUGUAAAUAAAUAAUAUUCCAUAAUUUAGAAGAGUACAAAUUAUUUAUGUUAGCGAUUAGCGAUAAUUUGAGAAAUUAUUUGCGUAAAAUAUAAUUUGAACAUAGUUUCAUCGAUCCAUCUAAAAAAUGUUUACUAAUCAUGAUAAAUCCAGUUAUUUGCUUUACAUAACCAUAAGUAAGCUAAAGUGGUGCAUGCUAUAGUUUUAAGUAGUUAUUUUAUUCAAUUGAAAUUGUUCCUUCGCCUGUCGAGGAGGUUCGGUAGCUGAAUUUCGGUUUACUUCGGUACUUGUACUUUUGAUAGCUUUAUUAUUUAUUAAUCUUUCGGUUUAAAUAGGAAGAGGGAGCUUACUGUUAUCACUAGAUAUUUCGAAUCAUGUUUGUAACAUUUUUAUAAUUUCGAUAAAAUAAUCAUGUAGCUUUAAGUAAAAUCAUACCUGUCAAUGUUUGUUGAAGUAUUGUGUUGAGGGCCUGCAGAUAUUAGAAAAUAGGAUAUUAUUUUAUUACCUUAUGCUUAAGGUUUUGUUGUACUGCCUACAAAUUAACCUUAUUAUUGCACACUUUUAAUGCUGUUGCAUAGAGUCGUGGAAUAGUCAAAAUGGCUGCCAUUCUAGUGUGUGCAGGCCCUAACACAGUUUGCUAUACCAACGUCUCCAACCUCGGUGCUAGCGAUAAUGCCAGUGACGUUUGAAUUAUCUGAUUAAUGAUAACUGCUUUAUAUUAAGUUGUAUAUGAAUCAUGUAGGGAGUUAGAGUAUUAUUUUUUUAUCAUAAUCGGAUCGGAGUAAAUGUGAAAGUAGUCAGAACGGCUGUGAGGCGUGUCGUUUGUGGUUGAUUUGAGAUACUUAAGACAGGCACAAACUGUAAAGAUUAAGGGAACUUGUUGAGAAUUGACAAUUACAAAUAGCUAUUGAUUGUAUUAUAAUAGAAAUAUAAUUUAUUCCGACAUUA